CUCAGAUGGACGAGGACGAUGAAAUAUACGACAAGGCGACUCUGGAAAAGCACGUCAAUAGCCGGUAUGCGGCUCUCGAAGAUCUUGGCGCACUAUGCGUGAGAAUGGAACUCGACGGCUAUAAACUUGGCAAAAAUAACAGAGCGUUCUGCACCCCCGGGGACAAAGAGCUAACAAAAGGCGUCAACAAGAUUAUUAUGUCGCAAACCCCUAAAGAAGGGCGCAAGCGUGUUUCAGCACACUUAUGUGGACCCAGCCCAAGCUUUUUUAGGCUGGCGUCAGACCGCAAGAAGUGGGAACCUCAUCCGCAGAACGACAUAAUCGUAGCCAACUUUUCAGGCGUCACGCUUCUUCCCUAUGAUUACAAUGACAAGCACGACACAGCAAUAGACAAUAUGCAACAAGAUUUUUGUGAAUGGAGCAGGAUAAAUGUGGAGAAAUGCGUGAAUGCAUACAAGGAUGAUUAUGGAGAGCUCAUUUGUCGCGAC